CUCUUCUCCCUCUCUUUCUCUCCUUUAUAUAUUGAAAAGUAUUUCAAGUUGUGUGUACCUAGAAAUUAAAUCCACCUUGUUCAUCUUUUGUAAUAACUCUCUCCACUCUUUGCUUCAUUUCUUUUUCUCUUUUUAUUUUCAUUCUAAGCCCUUGAUAAUCCAUCUUCCAUCCCACAAAACCCUAAAACACAACAUGGUCAUGAAAGUAGUUCUAAAAGUGGAGGUACAAGAUGGAAAAGCCAAGCAGAAGGCUAUGAAAGCAGUUUCCACCCUUCCAGGGAUAAAUUCGAUAAUGAUGGAUAUGAAGGAGAGGAAGAUGACAGUAAUUGGAGAAGUAGACCCAGUUGAAGUAGUUGAAAAACUGAAAAAGUUUUGGUUUGCUGAGAUUCUCACAGUUGGACCAGAGAAUCAAGAUAUAAAAAAACCACCACCACCACCUUGCAUUCCAUAUCCAUAUUAUUAUCCCACUUACUAUAUUAUGCAAGAAGAAAACCCAAAUCCUUGUGUUCUGUGUUAAUCCAUUAUUAUUAGAUUCGUUUCGAUAACUAUUUUCUUCUUAAAUUUUCAUGUUUCAAAUUUUUCUUUGUUUUUCUCACCAUUUCCGUUUGUUUUUAAAACACAAAAAAAAUUUAACAAUCAUUGUUCUUUUAGUUCUUAAAAUUAGUUUUGUAAUUUGGAACAUAUUGUUCCAAAAUACAAGACUAGUAUAUUUUAUGGGUUCAAUUUUCAAAAAUAAAAAAUGAAAUAGUUAUCAAAUUGGAUCUGAACCGUUAUUUGUGAAAAAAAAAGAGUCACAUCUCACUUUGGACGUAUUUGGAUUAUUCCCUGUAUGUAUUUUGUUUGUAAGUGUCGUGUGAAUUUGUUUUACUUUGGUAUAUUUUGACUGAUGAUGCUUAUCAGAGCUAUCCAUUUUCAUUAAAUACAUUAUUGAGAGGAAAUGAGUUGAGUGUUGAUUAAUUUAUUUAAGUAAACUAAGAUAUAUGCCCAAGAAAAACACAAAAAUUAAAAUUAAUCAUAUUAAGAGAGGACAUGAAAACAACAGCUCAACGUUUUUAUUUGAAGGGAAUAAAAAUUUAAACUUGAGUUGCAAUCGACUUGACUUUAAUUUAUUUUACGAGUGAAUUAAUUUAGAUUAUUUGAUAAUGAUUUACAUCUUUUAAUUUGUACUCUACUAUAUUCGAAAUAAAAUUGUUAUUCUUCCAAAAUUAUUUUAACAAGGUAGUUAAAAAAAUUAUAAUAUAAUUCCUUAUUCCUUCCUAGAUAAGUUGGAAAAAUGGAAAAAGAUGAAGAAAGAAAAAACAAUUUAUGCAUAUUAGGUUAAUUAUUGCAUUUUAAAGAGAAGUGUUAUACACUUGAAUAUUAUAUGCAUUAGUGGUUUAAUUUUAAAAUGGAAUCCUAUCAAAGAGUGUAAGUUAUCCAUUUGUUAAAGCUUAGAGUGUUAAUUGAAGAUUAUUAGUGUGAGAUCUUAAGUGAUAUAUAAAUUCAUUUUUACCCCCUUUUUUCAUUGUACAAUUUGUUUUCUGAAAACUGUUUUUACAUACUCUGUUGAACAAUUUUUUG